AAAACUGCAUAGAAAAUCUAAUGGAUGAAGAUGAGAAAGAUAGAGCAAAGAGAGCCUCUCGAAACAAGUCUGAGAAGAAACGUCGGGACCAGUUCAAUGUUCUCAUCAAAGAGCUCAGCUCCAUGCUUCCUGGCAACACGCGGAAAAUGGACAAGACCACCGUGCUGGAAAAGGUCAUCGGGUUUCUGCAGAAACACAAUGAAGUCUCAGCACAAACGGAAAUCUGUGACAUUCAGCAAGACUGGAAGCCUUCAUUCCUCAGUAAUGAAGAAUUCACUCAGCUGAUGUUGGAGGCACUAGAUGGCUUCAUUAUCGCAGUGACAACAGAUGGCAGCAUCAUCUAUGUUUCUGACAGUAUCACGCCUCUCCUUGGGCAUUUACCGUCGGAUGUCAUGGAUCAGAAUUUGUUAAAUUUCCUUCCAGAACAAGAACAUUCCGAAGUUUAUAAAAUGCUUUCUUCCCAUAUGCUUGUGACGGAAUCCCCCUCCCCAGAAUUCCUAAAAUCUGACAACGAUUUAGAGUUUUAUUGCCAUCUUCUCAGAGGCAGCUUGGACCCAAAGGAAUUUCCAACUUAUGAAUACAUAAAAUUUGUAGGAAAUUUUCGAUCUUACAACAAUGUGCCUAGCCCCUCCUGUAAUGGCUUUGACAACGCCCUGUCAAGACCUUGCCGUGUGUCACUAGGGAAGGAGGUCUGCUUCAUCGCCACUGUCCGCCUGGCAACACCGCAGUUCUUAAAGGAAAUGUGCAUAGUUGAUGAACCUUUGGAGGAAUUCACUUCAAGGCAUAGCUUGGAAUGGAAAUUUUUAUUUCUGGAUCACAGAGCCCCUCCCAUCAUAGGAUACCUGCCCUUUGAAGUGCUGGGCACCUCAGGCUAUGAUUACUACCACAUCGACGACCUGGAGCUCCUGGCCAGGUGCCACCAACACUUGAUGCAGUUUGGCAAAGGGAAAUCGUGCUGCUACCGGUUUCUGACCAAAGGUCAGCAGUGGAUUUGGCUGCAGACCCACUACUACAUCACCUACCACCAGUGGAAUUCCAAACCCGAAUUCAUCGUGUGCACGCACUCGGUGGUCAGUUAUGCGGAUGUCCGGGUGGAAAGGAGGCAGGAGCUGGCUUUGGAAGACCCGCCCCCCGAGGCCUUGCACCCCUCCGCCAUGAAGGACAAGGGCUCCAGCCAUGACCCCCAGCAGCACUUUAACCCUCUCGACGUGGGCGCCGCGGGCCUGAAUGCCAGUCCCUCGCCAUCAGUGUCCUCAAGGAGCUCCCACAAGUCCUCGCACACAGCCAUGUCCGAACCCGCCUCCACUCCGACCAAGCUGAUGGCAGAGGCCAGCACCACCGCUUUGCCAAGAUCAGCCACGCUACCCCAAGAGCUGCUGGUGCCCGGGCUGGGCCAGGCAGCCACGAUGCCGGCUCCUCUGCCUUCCCCACCGUCCUGUGACCUCACGCAGCAGCUUCUGCCUCAGACCAUUCUGCAGAGCCCACCUGCUCCCAUGGCACAGUUCUCGGCCCAGUUCAGCAUGUUCCAGACCAUCAAGGACCAGCUGGAGCAGCGGACGAGGAUCCUCCAGGCCAACAUCCGGUGGCAGCAGGAAGAGCUUCACAAGAUCCAGGAGCAGCUCUGCCUGGUCCAAGACUCCAACAUCCAGAUGUUCCUGCAGCAGCCGGCUGUCUCCCUGAGCUUUAGCAGUGCCCAGCGGCCCGAGGCUCAGCCGCAGCUGCAGCAGAGGCCGGCCACAGUGUCUCAGCCUCAGCUUGUGGCCAGCCAGCAACUUUCAGGACAGAUGGCUUCAACCCAGGUCACCAACCAGCACCUGCUCAGAGAGUCGAGUGUGAUAUCCACCCAGGGCCCGAAGGCAAUGCGGAGUUCCCAGGUGAUGCAAGGCAGCAGCCGUCCAGUGAGCAGCCUGACGCCCCAGUUCAGCAGCCCAGCCGCUCCGGGCCUGAGCCUGACCGCACCCGCUGCCGCCUCCCAGGACGCCAGCCAGUGCCAGCCCAGCCCCGACUUCAGCCACGACAGGCAGCUCAGGCUGCUGCUGAGCCAGCCCAUCCAGCCCAUGAUGCCUGGCUCCUGUGACGCCAGGCAACCCUCCGAGGUCAGCAGGACUGGACGGCAAGUCAAGUACGCACAGGCCCAGGCUGUGUUCCCACAUCCAGACUCACGCCCCACCAGCAGCAGCGCCUCGACCCCCGUCCUGCUGAUGGGGCAGGCAGCGCUUGCUCACAGCUUCCCUGCCUCCCAGCCGGCUCCCCUGCAGGCCCAGCCGCAGCCACCACACUACCUACAGCCCCUUUCCUUUCCUUUCCCGGUGCAGGCAUCGACCUCUCUGCACGGUGAGCAGCCGGACUCGCUCCUCCUCUCCACCUACGCCCAGCAGCCCGGGACCCUGGGCUACACCCCGCCGCCCCCCGCGCAGCCGCAGCCCGCGCGCGCGCCCCGCAGGGUCAGCCGGCUGUCCGAGUCGUCGGGUCUCCAGCCGCCGCCCCGGUAG